AUGUCGGAAAACCACAGCUUUAGAGAUGAUCUCCAAUGGGUUCUGAAUGCAAUUGAAUCGGAAGAAGGCCUCCUCAACCUUCACAGCAUCUCCUUCUGUCUGUCUCAGCCAACUUCAGGCUGCCACCAGGAAACCGAGGAUUCCAUGCGCAUAGACAUCUCCAAGAAGGACAAUCAUUCAAUCCUGUCGCACUUUCUAGUGGCCUUGGGAUCAUCCAAAGCCAAGAACAUCAAAUCUUCCCUGAGGAGCGUGGAGUUUCACGAGGUUAAGUGGGAGCUGCGGCAGCUGCAGAAUCUUGGUGUUCUGCUGGACGAUCAGGCAAACAACAUCAAGCAGCUUGUUUUCAGGAGAAAUGGGUUCAACAAGGAAUGCUUGCUGGAGCUAUCAGAGAUGGUGAAGAGGAAUGGGGUGGUGAAAGAGAUGUUGAUCUCGGAGUCGGGAAUAGGGUCGGUUGGAGCUGGCUUGCUUGCUUCGGCUCUCAUGGUGAACAACAGCUUGGAAGAGCUGCAGAUAUGGGAGGACUCGAUUGGGUCCAAGGGAGCAGAGGAGAUGUCGAGGAUGAUUGAAGUGAAUACAGCAUUGAAGUUGCUGACAAUUAUGGAUGAUUCGAGUUCCAUAGCUGCAACCCCACUAGUGUCUGCAGUUUUGGCAAGGAACAGGACCAUGGAAGUGAAUGUUUGGAGCGGAAAGAGCUCCAAAGUAGUUGAGUUUGUGCCUGAGAAGAGCACUCUCCGGGUGUACCAGCAGCUUGAUGUGGCAGGGUCAUGCAGAGUUGCCUGUGCUCUGGGGCUGAAUACGACUGUGAAGUCGCUGGACAUGACUGGGGUUCGACUGAAAUCGCGGUGGGCUAAAGAGUUUCGAUGGGCUUUGGAACAGAACCGCACCCUGAAAGAGGUGGAUCUGUCGAGAACCUGUUUGAAAGACAAGGCGGUUGUGUAUGUUGCCGCAGGACUCUUCAAGAACCAGAGCCUGGAAAGCCUGUACCUCCAUGGAAACUGGUUCGGUGGGAUUGGCGUAGAGCAUUUGCUCUGCCCCUUGAGCAGGUUCUCCAGCCUGCAAAUGCAGGCAAACUCAACACUCAAGUCAGUGACUUUUGGUGGGGGAAGGACUAAGAUAGGAAGAGAUGGGCUUGCAGCCAUCAUUCGGAUGCUGUCCACGAAUCAAAGCGUGGCAAAGUUGGGCAUUCUGGACGAUGAAAGUUUAAGGCCGGAUGACUUUGUCAAAAUUUUCAGGAGCCUGGAGAGGAAUGCCAGCUUAAGGAGCUUGUCUUUGCAGGGCUGCAAGGGAGUGGAUGGUGAGUUGGUGCUUGGGGCCAUAAUGGAGACAGUGCAGCUCAAUCCUUGGCUUGAGGAACUGGAUCUAACAAGAACGCCGCUCCAGAAUUCAGGGAAGACCCAAGGGGUUUAUCAGAAGCUGGGUCAGAAUGCGAGGGCAGAGCCUGAACCCGAAAUAGGUACAGAAACAGAUUUUCUCAAGGACAUGGCAAUGGUGGAGCCCAAGAGCUGCCGAGUCUUCUUCUGUGGCCAAGAAUUUGCAGGUAAAACUACAUUGUGCAAUUCCAUAGCCCAGAAUUUCUCUUCUUCAAAGCUACCACCCUACAUGGAUCAAGUAAGAGCUUUAGUGAGCCCGGUUGAGCAGGCUGCUGCUGCUGCUAGAACAGGAGGAAUGAAAAUCAAGACCCUGAAGGACAAAGACGGAACAAAGAUCUCGAUAUGGAACCUUGCCGGGCAGCAUGAGUUGUAUUCCCUCCACGAUCUCAUGUUCCCAGGGCAAGGCAGUGCAUCGCUGUUCCUGAUCAUAUCCAGUUUAUUCAGAAAACCCAACAACAGAGAACCCAAAGCCCCAGCUGAAAUCGAACAUGACCUCCAAUAUUGGCUUAGGUUCAUAGUUUCCAAUUCAAGAAGAUCAGUCCAACAGUGCAUGCUACCAAACGUAACUGUAGUGCUCACUCACGCCGACAAAAUCAACCAAACAUCGCAGAACCUGGAGGCUGCCGUGAAUUCAAUCCAGAAAUUAAAAGACAAAUUCCAUGGCUUUGUUGAGUUCUACCCAACAGUGUUCACAGUUGAUGCAAGAUCAUCAGCAUCGGCGACCAAGCUUUCCCAUCACCUCCGAAAGACGAGCAAGUCAGUGCUCCAAAGAGUUCCCAGGGUGUACGAGAUUUGCAAUGAUCUGAUACAGAUUCUUUCGGAUUGGAGAUCAGAGAAGUACAACAAGCCAGCAAUGAGGUGGAGUGAGUUUGGUGAACUAUGCCAGGUUAGAGUCCCAGCUUUACGAAUUCGCUCAAGGAACAGCAACAAGCACAAGGUGGAGAUGAGGAGGCGAGCAAUUGCUAAUUGCCUCCAUCAUGUAGGCGAGGUGAUAUACUUUGAGGAACUAGGCUUUCUGAUCUUGGAUUGCGAGUGGUUUUGCAGCGAGGUGCUCGGCCAGCUAGCGAGACUAGAUGCUCGAAAGCAAAGCUCGGCAGAGAACAAUGGGUUUAUAAGCAGACCAGAACUAGAGAAGAUCCUCAAAGCAAACCUGCAGAGUCCAAUACCUGGAAUGGGUUCAAAGGUUUAUGAGAACUUGGACGCCGGCGAUCUGGUGAGAAUGAUGCUCAAACUGGAACUGUGUUACGAGCAAAGUCCUCAGGACCCAAAUUCGCCACUGCUAAUCCCCUCCCUUCUGGUAGACGGUAGGGGGAGGCCACAGAGAUGGCAGAUCAGCUCACCGGACUGUGUCUAUGCUGGGCGACAUCUUGAGUGCCAUGAUUCAAGCCAAACGUUCCUCACACCAGGCUUCUUUCCCCGCUUACAGGUGCAUCUCCACAACAGGAUCAUGGCGUUAAAGAACCAACACGGGGCAACUUACGGUCUUGAGAAGCACCUUAUCUCAAUCCACAUCAAUGGCAUCCAUGUGAGAGUUGAGCUUGGGGGGCAGCUGGGUUACUACAUCGACGUGCUUGCUUGCUCCACGCAUAAUUUGACAGAAACCCUUCGACUCCUCCAGCAACUCAUCAUAAUCCCGACGAUACAAAGUCUCUGCAGCGGUGUCAUGUUGACAGAGAGCAUCCUAAGGCCGGAAUGUAUCAGAAAUCUAACACCUCCAAGAUACAGAAAGACACAAUUUGUGGGGCUGCAACAGCUAAAAGAGGCACUACUCUCGGUUCCUGCAGACGGCAUAUACGAUUAUCAGCACACAUGGGAUUCAGUCUCGGACUCUGGCAGGCCUAUUCUGACAGCAGGGUUCGAUUUUACCAGAGACCUCCUGUCGGAUGAUGACUUGAGAGAAGUACUGCAUCGAAGAUAUCAUGAUUUGUACAACCUGGCUAUGGAAUUGCAAGUCCCCCCAGAAAAUAACCCCAAUGAAGUGGACAACACACAGUCUGCUACUGGUGAAGGACAAGUCGAGCCAUCGUUCGGAGGAAUUGCAAAGGGGGUUGAAGAAGUUUUGAAGAGGCUUAAGAUCAUUGAACAAGAAAUCAGGGACCUGAAGCAAGAGAUUCAGGGGUUGAGGUACUACGAACACAGACUCCUAAUCGAGCUUCAUCGCAAGAUCGACUACCUUGUCAACUACAAUGUCCAAAUCGAAGAAAGGAAGGUCCCCAACAUGUUCUAUUUUGUCAGAACAGAGAACUACUCGAGAAGACUGGUCACGAGCAUGAUCUCCGGCAUGACUGCAGUGCGGCUGCACAUGUUAUGUGAAUUCCGGCAAGAAAUGCAUGUGGUAGAGGAUCAGCUAGGCUGCGAAAUGAUGCAGGUUGACAACACCACAGUAAAGUGCUUGGCUCCAUACACCAAGAAAUUCAUGACACUAUUGACAUUUGCUCUCAAGAUAGGAGCUCAUUUGGCAGUUGGAAUGGGGGAAAUGAUACCGGAUUUGGGCAGGGAAGUUGCUCGCCUGGCCGACUCUUCGCUUCUAUAUGGCGCAGGCGCAGUUGCAGCAGGGGCUAUCGGGGCUGCAUCUGUUGGGCGCGCAGUGGGAAGCAGUAGGAGCAGGGGGGGUUCAAGGGACAUUCGACAGGAUCAACAAGCAGCUCAGCAAUGGGUUGUUGAUUUCUUAAGGAGCCGGGGGUGUUCCUCAGGGAAAGACAUAGCCGAGAAGUUUGGGUUGUGGAGAGUGAGGUACAGAGACAGUGGCCAGAUUGCCUGGAUCUGUAGGAGGCACAUGUACACCAGGGCAAAUGAAGUUUUUGAGGUGCCAAUCUGA